AUGGCUCCCAGAUCAGGUCUUGAGGUUUUACGAGAAUCUGGGCUCUGUUGGAUGCGUGAAUGUCAUGCUGACCAUCCAGCUCUGGUGGUGAUGCUCUUUGCCAGUGUGCUGGUGACUUGGCUUGAAGCUGCUAAACUCACUGUGGGUCUCCACGCCCCCUGGAACAUCUCAUAUCCAUUCAGUGUGCAAAGGCUGGGAGCAGGCCUCCAGAUUGCCAUGGACAAGGUCAACAUAGAGUCAGCAGGCUUUGGAAACUUCAGCUGGGAGUUCACUUAUACCAACUCAGCCUGCAGUGCCAAGGAAUCCCUUGCUAUGUUCAUCAACCAGGUCCAGAGAGAAAAGAUUUCUGCGCUGUUUGGACCAGCAUGCCCAGAAGCAGCGGAGGUUAUUGGUUUGUUGGCCUCUGAGUGGAACAUCCCCGUAUUUGACUUUGUUGGACAAAUGGCAAUAGUGGAAAACCACCUCUUGUACGACACCUGUGUGACACUUGUACCAUCCAUCCAAGAAAUUGGUGAUGUGCUGCAGAAAAGUCUCUCAUACCUGGGCUGGGAACACAUUGGCCUGUUUGGAGGCUACUCUGGGGCUCCAUCCUGGGAUGGAGUGGAUGAGUUAUGGAGGGUUGUGGAGAAUAAACUUCAACCUAAUUUCACCAUCAUGGCCAGCAUGAGAUACACCAUCAGGGACCCAGUCCUUCUGCAGGAAGAUCUCAGGAGCAUAACAUCAGUCACCAGAGUUAUCAUCUUAAUCUGCAGCUCAGAAGAUGCAAAGGUUAUUCUGUUGGCUGCAGAGAAUUUGGGGCUCAACACUGGAGAAUUUGUCUUUAUCGUUUUGCAGCAGCUAGAGGACAGAUUUUGGGAAGGAUUGAUGACAAAUCAGAAGGUGACACAUAUCCCAAAAGUCUAUGAGUCACUGCUUGUCAUCACCCUCAGCUCCUAUGGAGAAGGCCCUGGAGAAGACAGCUUUGGCUUCCGGAAACAAGUCUAUGAAAGGCUGAGGAGACCGCCCUUCCAAAGUUCCAUCUCCUCUGAGGAACAGGUGAGCCCUUACUCUGCCUACCUCCACGACGCCCUCCUGCUCUAUGCUCAGACUGUGGAGGAGAUGGUAAAGGUCGGGAGAGACUUCCGGGAUGCGCGGCAGCUGGUCAACACUCUGAAAGCCAAUCUGACAGCACUGCAGGGAAUUACUGGUCCUGUGUUUGUGGACUCCCAGGGGGAAAGGCACAGUCAUUAUUCUGUCUACACUUUAGAGAAAUCUGGAAAUGGGAGCCUUUUUCUUCCUUUUCUUCAUUAUGACAGCAAUCAGAAAGUGAUCAGACCUUUGAGGUAUUUCUCCAAUAUGACUUGGCUCCAUACUUUCCGUCCCACGGGCAGACCAAGCUGUGGAAUUUAUAAUGAGCUCUGCAAAAGGAAGCCUACUUUAACUGGUAAGUAUAGCUGCACGACUGCUGUGAUUUCCACAAUGACACUCUUCAUCGUUGUCUUGGGAGCUGCCAUCAUAGGUCUGGUUUUAAGGAUGCACAGGGAAAAAUUACAAAACGAUUGUAAAGACAGCUGGUGGCAAAUCAACUAUGACACUAUCACUACUAUUCCCCAGAACAAGUUUUCCCAGAGAGGUACGCCUGUGAUGAGAGUGGGUGUGCGCAGCACACAUCCUGUGAUGCUUCCUACUGACUGUAGCUCCUAUAAGAGCCAGCAGGAAGAAGAACUUUUUUAUGCUCCAGUAGGACUUUACCAGGGAUACUACGUAGCCAUCCGCCAUGUUGGGGACCAUGCAGAAGCUUGCAUGAGGAAGCCAACUGUGCUGCAGGAAGUCCGGCUGAUAUGGGGAUUAAAGCAUGAAAACAUUGUGCCCUUCUUUGGCAUUUGCACAGAAGCCCCGAAUAUCUGUAUUGUCACCCAGUAUUGCAAAAAGGGAAGUCUUAAGGAUAUAUUGAGAAACUCAGAUCAUGAAAUGGAUUGGAUAUUCAAACUUUCAUUUGCAUAUGACAUAGUCAAUGGCCUGCUCUUCCUUCAUCAAAGCCCUCUAGGCUCCCACGGCAACCUGAAACCUUCUAACUGCCUAGUGGAUGGCCACAUGCAGGUGAGGCUGUCAGGAUUUGGGCUGGGAGAGCUCAAGUAUGGCUGCACAUGCAGAAAUUUGAAAGAAGAAACCAUCAACUAUUCAGAGCUCUACUGGAUGGCCCCAGAGCUGUUACGACUUUCGAUGGCACCCUGGUCAGGCACCCCAAAGGGAGACAUCUACAGCUUCGCCGUUCUCAUGAGGGACUUGAUUCACCACCAGGGCUGCGGGCCCUUUGAGAAUCUUGAGGAGGCACCAGAUGAAAUCAUCAGGCGAAUCAAAGACCCCAGGACAUCUGUCCCACUGCGACCGUCCCUGUCUGAGGAGAAAGGCAGCGAAAAGAUCGUAGUCCUGGUGAGGGCGUGCUGGGAUGAGUCCCCACAGAAAAGACCCCCUCUCCCUUCCAUCAAGAAGAUGCUGCGAGAAGCCAGUCCCAAAGGCCAUGUGAGCAUACUAGAUGGUAUGCUGGGCAAGCUGGAAGUGUAUGCUAACCACCUGGAGGAAGUGAUAGAAGAGAAGACCAGCCAGCUGAGGGCAGAAAAGAGAAAGGUGGAGAAGCUUCUGUGCACAAUGUUGCCCAGCUUCAUUGCAGAACAACUCAUAGCUGGAGAGUCGGUGGAACCAGAACAUUUUGAGUCCGUGACGAUUUUCUUCUCAGACAUCGUCGGAUUCACAAAACUGUGUUCUCUCAGCUCUCCCUUGCAAGUCGUGAAGCUCCUUAAUGACCUGUACAGUUUGUUUGAUCACAUCAUACAAACCUAUGAUGUGUAUAAGGUGGAAACCAUUGGAGACGCAUACAUGGUGGCCAGCGGGCUGCCCAUUCGCAAUGGCAGCCGGCAUGUGCAGGAGAUUGCCACCAUGGCCUUACACGUCCUCAGUGCCACCAUCCACUUCCAGAUCGGACACAUGCCUGAGGAGAAGCUCAAGCUCCGGAUCGGGCUCCACACAGGCCCUGUGGUUGCUGGCGUAGUAGGAAUCACCAUGCCCAGAUACUGUCUGUUCGGAGACACUGUGAACAUGGCAUCCAGGAUGGAAAGCAGCAGUUUGCCCCUCCGGAUCCAUGUCUCUCAGAGCACUGCAGGAGCCCUGCUGACCACAGGAGGAUAUGCCUUGCAAAGGAGAGGCUCCAUCCAAGUCAAGCCCUCAGCUCCCACCCAAGCACCCCCCUACAGCAUCACCCACAAAGCAACAGCAAGCACCAGGAUUGAAGAUUCCUGA